AUGGACAAAGGCAGAUCAACGAGCGCCCACAAGAGAGAAUGUCAGCACUUGAAACGAAUUCAAUUGCAACCCAAUCGGAACGUCGUCCGGAAAACUAUAAUCUCGGCCGUGGCUCCUCCACCCCGCCUCCUCCCUCGCGAUGGCCUAGUCAUGCCUCCAUCCACGACAACUAGUUCUCCUCCAUGGGCAUACAUCACAUACGCCGCUCCUGAAUUCCGCGUUCCCCAUGCAUACGAGUCACGGGCUGCUCAAUCGUCGGCAAUCGGUGGUGUAGGGAUGUCAAGUUUGACAGGUGUUGAGCAUAGUUACGUCGGCCUCCGUUCACUAGGUCCUCCAAUGGGGAUAGGGGGCCAACUCUGGUGA